AUGCAGUUGCUAGACAUUAUCCGCCACCGUCGCAAAAGCGAACCCCACGUAUCGCAGCCCAUGAGGGAGAUCCGAUCGCGCAUCCACUUACUAACCGUUCUCCAACAGACGGGACUUGACCAAAUACUCCAGACUUUAUUAACAGUGCAGCCCGGAGCGGGUUUUGUACGCAAUAAGAUAAUUGGUUACGAUCCAAGGCGAUAUCACCUGUGUCGUGGAGCCAGAGUAUACUACCUCGUCAAUGUGGUAGAAUUUGAGAUAAGAUCAAUAAUAAUCAGAGCACUGACAGAAAGGUGGGCUAGUUUAGGUACAAGAUUGGACAUCUCAGCUCAUGGAAAGCCCUACGAGUAA